GGCUAAAGGAUCCAAAGUCUCAUGUUUCUUUUCUGUUCUUCUUCAGGCAAGGCUUUCGACAUCACUUACGUGCGUCUCAAGUUCCACACCAGCCGCCCAGAGAGCUUCGCCAUCUACAAGCGCACAAGUGAGGAUGGACCAUGGACGCCCUACCAGUACUACAGUGGCUCCUGUGAGAAGACCUACCAGAAGACCAACAGGGGCUUCAUCCGCACCGGACAGGACGAACAACAGGCCCUGUGCACAGACGAGUUCAGCGACAUCUCACCCCUGACGGGAGGAAACGUGGCCUUCUCAACCCUUGAAGGCCGGCCCAGUGCUUACAACUUUGAUAACAGCCCAGUUCUUCAGGUAAAUAAAAAACUCUGCUGUUUUAUAGCGUUCUAGAGACCUUGAUAAAAUGACUUUGUGUGAUUGUCUCUAAUACUGCAUUUUCCAGCCCAGUUCUACAGGUUAAAAAUAGCUGUUUUAUAGUGUUCUAGAGACCUAGAUAAAGGAACGUUGUGUGAUGCUUUUUGUUCCAGCUCCACAUGUGAUAUCCCAGACGUGUGUGUCCCUGGGUGGCUGUUUUUAUUUGUGCUUUAUUUUUCCAAGGUUGUCUGAGGCACAGAGUUAGUAGUACAUAUAUCAGUAGCGUUGAGGCAAUCAAUGAUGUGGAGGAGUAGGUGGACAGAGUAAUGAUAAGUUAGUCUGUAGACUUUAGAUAUUUUGGCAUGGACAUGUGCUGUUGGCAGGCGUGCCCAAUGGAAGGUAAUAUCACACUAGUCCAGUUGGGAAAGUGUGAGAGCCAGACCAGUGCCAAGUGCUGCAACAUGUUGCUAGGUGACGCCCCCAGAUUUCCCACUACCGAACUGAUUGAGGCACAGCUGGAAAUGUUUGUUGCGCAUUGCUUUCAGCGAGUGAGAAUUUGUGUGUGCAUCCAGACAAAGCACAGUGAUACUACUAGACUAUAGGGCUGGGAAUUGCAAGGGACUUCACAAUACGAUAUUUAUUGUGAUUCUCACAAUUCUAUAUAUGUAUUGCGAUUCAAUAUUACAAUUUGAUGUUCCAAACAUAUUGCUCAUAGUGCUGAAAACAUGUUGGCUCACUAUUUUUAAAAAUAAGACGGAGAACAAUCUAUAGGAUUAAAAAUACAGGUACAGCCAACUAGCGCUAGCAAUUGUUACCUAGCAACAACAAAAAAGCUAAAACAUGUUUUUUUUUAUUUUUACAAAUCAAUACUUAGAAUCAAAGUAUCUAUAUAGUAUUGCAAUAUACAGUGCAUUUGGAAAUUAUUCAGACCCCUUGACUUUUUCAACAUUUUGUUACGUUACAGCCUUAUUCUAAAAUGGAUUAAAUAAAUGUUUUCCUCAUCAAUCUACAGACAAUAUACCCCAUAAUGACAAAGCGAAAACAGGUUUAUUUAAAAUAAAAAACAGAAAUACCUUAUUUACAUAAGUAUUCAGAUCCUUUACUCAGUACUUUGUUGAAAGCACCUUUGGCAGCGAUUACAGCCUUGAGUCUUCUUGGGUAUGACGCUACAAGCUUGGCACACCUGUAUUUGGAGAGUUUCUCCCAUUCUUCUCUGCAGAUCCUCUCAAGCUCUGUUAGGUUGGAUGGGGAGCGUUGCUGCACAGCUAUUUCCAGGUCUCUUCAGAGAUGUUCGAUCGGGUUCAAGUCCAGGCUCUGGCUGGGCCACUCAAGGACAUUCAGAGACUUGUAAGAAAGUUGUAUCUGUAUUUCUAAAGGGUUUAUCUUGAUGUAAGUGCCUUCUUAAUAAAAAGUUGUCUGCAGAUGCCUGGUAACUUCAGAUAUAUUAUCAUCUUUUUUAUUAUUCUUGUUUAUAAAAAGUAGUCAGCUCAUGACUCAUAGUACAUAUUUAUUAUCUGCUAUUGGAAUACCCUGUGUGGAAUACCCUGGCUUUUAAACGUAAUGCUCUACCUCUAGCAAAUGAACAAAUUUAUCUUUGGCGCCAUAUACUUCCAUAUUUGACUUUCUCAUGUGGCAUAUAGCUAUUUAUACCAAAGCCCAAGACUCUUUUUGGAAUGGAUACCUUUGAGGCGUCAUUGGGCUACGUUGCAGGGAUAGUUGUAGUUGACACUACAAGCUUGGCACAGCUGUAUUUGGAGAGUUUCUCCCAUUCUUCUCUGCAGAUCCUCUCAAGCUCUGUCAUGUUGGAUGGGGAGCGUUGCCGCACAGCUAUUUUCAGGUCUCUCCAGAGAUGUUCGAUCUGUUUCAAGUCCGGGCUCUGGCUGGGCCUCUCAAGGACAUGCGUUGUCUUGGCUGUGUGCUUAGGGUCGUUGUCCUGUUGGAAGGUGAACCUUCGCUCCAGUCUGAGGUCGUGAGCGCUCUGGAGCAGGUUUUCAUCAAGGAUCUCUCUGUACUUUGCUAUGUUCAUCUUUCCCUCGAUCCUGACUAGUCUCCCUUCCGCUGAAAAACAUCCCCACAGCAUGAUGCUGCCACCACCAUGCUUCACCGUAGGGAUGGUGCCAGGUUUCCUCCAGACGUGACGCUUGGUAUUCAGGCCAGAGAGUCCAAUCUUGGUUUCAUCAGACCAGAGAAUCUUGUUUCUCAUGGUCUGAGAGUCCUUUAGGUGCCUUUUGGCAAACUCCAAGCGGGCUGUCAUGUGCCUUUUACUGAGGAGUGGCUUCCGUCUGGCAACUCUACCAUAAAGGCCUGAUUGGUGGAGUGUUGCAGAGAUGGUUGACCUUCUGGAAGGUUCUCCCAUCUCCACAGAGGAAUUCUGGAGCUCUGUCAGAGUGACCAUCGGAUUCUUGGUCACCUCCCUGACCAAGGCCCUUCUCCCCCGAUUGCUCACUUUGGCUAGGCGGCCAAAGUGGCGCCCGAGUGGCGCAGUGGUCUAAGGCACUGCAUCGCAGUGCUAGCUGUGCCACUAGAGAUCCUGGUUCGAAUCCAGGCUCUGUCGUAGCCGGCCGUGACCGGGAGACCCAUGGGGCGGCGCACAAUUGGCCCAGCGUCAUCCAGGGUAGGGGAGGGAAUGGCCGGCAGGGAUGUAGCUCAGUUGUUAGAGAAUGGCAUUUGCAACGCCAGGGUUGUGGGUUCGAUUCCCAUGAGGGGCCAGUAUGAAAAAAUAAAAUAAUGUAUGCACUCACUAACUGUAAGUCGCUCUGGAUAAGAGCGUCUGCUAAAUGACCAAAAAAAAAAAUUAAAAAAAAAAAUAUAUAAAAAAAAAAAACAGAUCUGUGCCCCAGAUCUGUGCCUCGACACAAUCCUGUCUCGGAGGUACGGACAAUUCCUUUGACCUCAUGGCUUGGCUUUUGCUCUGACAUGCACUGUCAACUGUGGGACCAUAUAUAGACAGGUGUGCCUUUCCAAAUCAUGUCCAAUCAAUUGAAUUUACCACAGGUGUGCUCCAAUCAAGUUGUAGAAACAUCUCAAGGAUGAUCGAUCGAAACAUGAUGCACCUGAGCUCAAUUUUGAGUCUAAUAGCAAAGUCUGAAUACGUUUUUUUAUGUUAAGUAUUUUUAAUACAUUUGCAAAGAUUUCUAAAAACCAGUUUUCGCGUUGUCAUUAUGGGGUAUUGUGUGUAGGUUGAUGAGGGACAUUUUUUUUAUUUAAUCAAUUUUAGAAUAAGGCUGUAACGUAAGAAAAUGUGAAAAAAGUCAAGGGGUCUGAAUACUUUCCGAAUGUACUCUAAAUGUCUGCCUGGAUACAGCUGGAAAUGUAUAAGCUGAUGGAGUGAUAGUGCCAGAGUCAAUAAAGGGAAAGACGAGCAGAGCCUUUGGCCCCGUGCCUGAGACAGACGGAACCUGCUCUGACUCAUGGCUGCCCUAUGGAUGUGUCAGACUGUUCUAAUAGAGUAAGGCUAUAAGUGGCAAAACAUUGGAACUGUUGUCAGCAAAAACUCUAGCCUGAUAUAUGUUUUGAAUUAGUCUACUGGUAGUAGUUAGGCUACAACUAAUUCUGCAGAAUGUUUGUUGGCAAAUAAUUUUGCUUGUGCAAGCGUGUGAUACACACUUGACUUGGCUGCAUUUACAACUCCUCUUCAGAAAUAAUCAGAACAGUAGCUCCCGAGUGGCGCAGCGGCCUGCAUCGCAGUGCUUGAGGCGUCACUAAAGCCCCGGGUUUGAUCCCAGGCUGUGUCACAGCCGGCCGUGACCGGGAGAUCCAUGAGGCGGCGCACAAUUGGCCCAGCGUCCGGGUUAGGGGAGGGUUUGGCCGGCCGGGAUUUCCUUGUCCCAUCACGCUCUAGCGACUCCUUGUGGCAGCCCGGGUGCCUGCAAACUGACUUCGGUCACCAGUUGGACGGUGUUUCCUCCAACACAUUGGUGCGGCUGGCUUCCGGGUUAAGCGAGCAGUGUGUCAAGAAGCAGUGCGGCUUGGCAGGGUCGUGUUUCGGAGGACGCAUGGCUCUCGACCUUCGCCUCUCCCGAGUGCGUAGGGGAUUUGCAGCGAUGGAAAAAGACUGUAACUACCAAUUGGAUAUCACGAAAAUGGUGGAGAAAAAGGGGUAUAUAAAAUAAAAAUAAUCAGAACAGUUAAUUAAAAUGUUGAACGUAAAACAUACAGUGAGGGGAAAAAAGUAUUUGAUCCCCUGCUGAUUUUGUACGUUUGCCCACUGACAAAGACAUGAUCAGUCUAUAAUUUUAAUGGUAGGUUUAUUUGAACAGUGAGAGACAGAAUAACAACAAAAAAAUCCAGAAAAACGCAUGUCAAAAAUGUUAUAAAUUGAUUUGCAUUUUAAUUAGGGAAAUAAGUAUUUAACCCCUCUGCUAAACAUGACUUAGUACUUGGUGGCAAAACCCUUGUUGGCAAUCACAGAGGUCAGACGUUUCUUGUAGUUGGCCACCAGGUUUGCACACAUCUCAGGAGGGAUUUUGUCCCACUCCUCUUUGCAGAUCUUCUCCAAGUCAUUAAGGUUUUGAGGCUGACAUUUGGCAACUCGAACCUUCAGCUCCCUCCACAGAUUUUCUAUGGGAUUAAGGUCUGGAGACUGGCUAGGCCACUCCAGGACCUUAAUGUCCUUCUUCUUGAGCCACUCCUUUGUUGCCUUCGCCAUGUGUUUUGGGUCAUUGUCAUGCUGGAAUACCCAUCCACGACCCAUUUUCAAUGCCCUGGCUGAGGGAAGGAGGUUCUCACCCAAGAUUUGACAGUACAUGGCCCCGUCCAUCGUCCCUUUGAUGCGGUGAAGUUGUCCUGUCCCCUUAGCAGAAAAACACCCCCUAAGCAUAAUGUUUCCACCUCCAUGUUUAACGGUGGGGAUGGUGUUCUUGGGGUCAUAGGCAGCAUUCCUCCUCCAAACACGGCGAGUUGAGUUGAUGCCAAAGAGCUCGAUUUUGGUCUCAUCUGACCACAACACUUUCACCCAGUUCUCCUCUGAAUCAUUCAGAUGUUCAUUGGCAAACUUCAGACAGGCCUGUAUAUGUGCUUUCUUGAGCAGGGGGACCUUGCGGGCGCUGCAGGAUUUCAGUCCUUCACGGCGUAGUGUGUUACCAAUUGUUUUCUUGGUGACUAUGGUCCCAGCUGCCUUGAGAUCAUUGACAAGAUCCUCCCGUGUAGUUCUGGGCUGAUUCCUCACCGUUCUCAUGAUAAUUGCAACGCCACGAGGUGAGAUCUUGCAUGGAGCCCCAGGCCGAGGGAGAUUGCCUGUUCUUUUGUGUUUCUUCCAUUUGCGAAUAAUCGCACCAACUGUUGUCACCUUCUCACCAAGCUGCUUGGCGAUGGUCUUGUAGCCCAUUCCAGCCUUGCGUAGGUCUACAAUCUUGUCCCUGACAUCCUUGGAGAGCUCUUUGGUUUUGGCCAUGGUGGAGAGUUUGGAAUAUGAUUGAUUGAUUGCUUCUGUGGACAGGUGUCUUUUAUACAGGUAACAAGCUGAGAUUAGGAGCACUCCCUUUAAGAGUGUGCUCCUAAUCUCAGCUCGUUACCUGUAUAAAAGACACCUGGGAGCCAAAAAUCUUUCUGAUUGAGUGGGGGUCAAAUACUUAUUUCCCUCAUUAAAAUGCAAAUCAAUUUAUAACAUUUUUGACAUGCGUUUUUCUGGAUUUUUUUGUUGUUAUUCUGUCUCUCACUGUUCAAAUAAACCUACCAUUAAAAUUAUAGACUAAUCAUUUCUUUGUCAGUGGGCAAACGUACAAAAUCAGCAGGGGAUCAAAUACUUUUUUCCCUCACUGUAUGCUAUUAUUUAUUCUAAACCUGCAUGUGUGGAAGAGAACAGAGAAUCUUAUAGAUGUUACUCUAUGGUUUCCAACUUUCUUGGUAUUACUGCCUGAGUGAUCUUCUGUUGCUUACACCGGAUUUGUCUUCUGCUGUAAUUCUAAACAAGCAAACAAAAGGCUUCCAUAUCUUCUGAUUCCAGAACCAGUCUGAUUCUUUGAGAAUGUCUGAGGUUUGGUUUAGAUUAGUUUGGCUGUAUUUAUUUUUCUUCUAAACAGCUGCACUAGGACCAGGGAUAGGGCUAAAUCUCUCAUUUUUAAAAUGUAACCCUUCAACCCGAUAAGAAUUCCUUUUACGUCAAACAAACCUAUCGUGCAGUUCACUUUGGAAUCUCCAAUCCUCUCUCCCUUUUCUCAUCCGUCAAGCAAAGUUGUAAGUUAAUAACUCUCCAUACGUAUUUAGCAGGCAAGGCCUGGCAGACGUUUUUAUAGAGUCUGACCUGGCUGCAUUUUAACACUGUGUCCUUUUGUAUUUUUUUCAGGAAUGGGUGACAGCCACAGAUAUCAAAGUGACCCUGAACAGGCUCAACACAUUCGGAGAUGAAGUUUUCAAUGAUCCCAAGGUCCUGAAAUCCUACUACUACGCUAUCUCAGACUUUGCAGUGGGAGGAAGGUGAGAGUGGUUCCCUCUGCAUUAUGCUAUCUCUAUCUUGCAACAGCUGUUGGCAGCUUCCACUGCCUGGCUUUUCCCUUGUGCACAGAUUAUUUUCUUUUCUUUUACCAAUACCAUUGAAUAUAGCAAUUUCACACACACACACACACACAAAUAUAUUUUCUAUGAAUAAUUAAUUGUACACGUUUUUAAUUUGGUGUUGUCUACUAGAAAUGUUAGCAUAAAAAGGAAAAAUGACAGCAAAUAAUUUAUUCCUAUAAAAUUCCUUUAAAGGAUGAGGCCCUGUCUGUUAGCCACACAGCGUGUUUUCUUUAGUGCAGAUUCACAAAAAAAAUAAAUGGGGAUGAGGAUAUGGAAUGUCUACAAGGAUAGGAUUCAGUCUGUUGGAUUAAAGAAAAAAAGUAUAAUUCACGAUCAUUAUCAAACCUCAAGUGCUGACAACAAAGAUGUUUUUGUCUGGGUGGUGUUAGCUAAAUCAAUCAUCUAAAGUAGCAUAGUCUGUUGACUUCAGAUCAAGUUCAUAUCACAUAUCUGGCCCCAUUUUACUUUGUGUGGGUUCAUUCUCAGGGGCUCAACCAAAAAAUAUCCCUCCCAAGUUUUGAACUGAAAAGCCAGAAGAGAAGAGAAGAGGGGAUCAGACACUUAUUUUUUAUUUAACCUUUAUUUAACUAGGCAAGUCAGUUAAGAACAAAUUCUUAUUUAUAGUGACGGCCUACACCGGCCAAACCUCCCUAUGGGACUCCCAAUCACGGCUGGUUGUGAUACAGCCUGGAAUCGAACCAGGGUGUCUGUAGUGACGCCUCAAGCACUGAAAUGCAGUGCCUUAGACCACUGCGUCACUCGGGAGCCAAGUGUUAAACUGCCCCCUUGCCGCUGCAGUGUCUUUUCACCUUAAUCUGUUUUGAAAUAUAGAGCAGAUUUCCAUUACACAGCCACAUUGUUGGCAUUCCUGCUUGGGAGUUCUGGAUUACAGUGCACAGAAACCGGAAUGGGGCGGGCCCCGAUAUGACGACAGAGUUGAGUCCAAAGACCAAGCCGGGCCAAGCUCUGGUGUAGUAGGACUACUCUCCACCUGUCAGGGCACCAAGUUCACUGUCCACCGGUCAGCCAUGUCAACACUUCUACCAGCUAGCCUAUAUAUCUGGCUGAUUGUACAGAUACUACAAAAUGGAAAAGACAGUGAGAGAGGUUUGCUUUGGUUUUUUAGAUGAACAAACAGCCUAUUCUGUUUAAUAGGCCCCAAAUGCUUCCUUCCUGUUGUCACUUUUUCCACACUUCGCUGCCAAGGAACACCUGAAACAAUACCCAAAGGUUGCUGCCAUGCAAAUCUUCUCUUGUUCGGAAGGGCUCUGUCGAGGUGUCUCAGGUGGAGAAUGUUCAACCCUUCUGCAUUGGGCAAACACCAUGGAGUUAUCAGACCAAAUAAAACUCUCCCAGUGUCAAAAUUGAUUUGGCUAAAGGUGUAAUAGGAAUGUAUUUGUUGAUGGAUCAUGAAGUCAAAUUAUAUUUAAGUGUUUUUGGUGAUUUCCAACAACACAUACUUAGAGUAAUGACUUAAAAAAAAAAAAAAAAGAUGUAGGCUACAAAUAGUGGUGUGUUAUAGAUGGGCCUAGAUGGAGUCCACAUUGACGGCAAAGUUGCUGCUAUCUGUCAAAUGCUGAUGUAGAUAGAUGAAUACCUAUUUGUAGAAGAUUGUAAAUAUAACCAUGCUGCUAUCAUGUGAUAACAGGUCACCCACUUAAAAAAGCUUGCAUACAAAGGACAAAGGUGACUGACUUAUAUGAUUGCACUGGAAAUCAGUGCAGCUGAUAUACCAUAUGGUUGGAGUGUUAGACUGUUUAACCAAGUAAUCACGUCUGUUAGGUUAAUCAAUAACUGAGUCCCAUUCGAUGCUUACAGUCCGGUCCUCUAAGACCAGAGCAAAAGACCACUGGUCAGAGACCAUAUUCAUAAAGCGUCUCAGAGUAGGAGUACUGAUCUAGGAUCAGUUUUUGCCAAUUACAUCAUAAUGAAUAAUAUGACGUAGAUAGCGGGGACUUGAUCCUCCUACUCUUAGAGGCUUUGUGAAUACGGCCCAGAUGUUUGAAUUGUGCGUUGUAACUCUCAUGAUGACUAACAGACUCCACUGUUCCAGGUGCAAGUGCAACGGCCAUGCGAGUGAGUGUGUGAAAAACAAUGGUUUCGUCAAGCCGGUUUGCAACUGCAAGCACAACACGGAGGGCGAUGACUGCAAUGUGUGCAAGCCAUUCUACAACGACCGUCCCUGGAGGAGAGCUACAGCCAAUAACCCUAACGAGUGUCUGCGUAAGUCAGUCCCAUGCCGUCCCUAAUGGCACCCUUUUCCCUAUGUAGUGCUAUACUUUUGACCAGAGCUCUAUGGGCCCUAGUAGGGGCCCUGGUCAAAAGUAGUGCACUACAUAGGGAAUAGGAUACCAUUUGGGACACAGACCAAGAGAUUAGUGUCUGCUUAAGUCCCAAAGCAAGGGAUCCUUCCUGUUUCUGUGCAGGCCAGGCCAGGCAGACAUUCAUAUCAUACUGCAAAUGCAUAACUAAUUCGGUUCAGAACAGUCCACACCCCACUUCUCACACUCAAUUCCACACCCACCUCAAUCUGCUUCAGGCCACAUAAUCUACCAUUUAGGGAAAAGUACACCUGAUAUGUAAAAUGUGCCAAAUGAAAUGCCCCACCCUUUAAUGCAGGGAAGAUUCAGUAUGAUAUUUCUGUUCCAUAUUGGUAUCUGUCUCUACCACCUCCUUUCCCCUAUACAGUACCUAUACAUUGAACCCAUACAUAUGUUGUCCCUAAAACGGUAUGGUGUUUACCAAAGCCUGGUAUGGCAAAUUUGCUUUUCCCACUCUGAAAUCCGACAGUUUAAAUUCUACUGCUCCCUCCCCAAUAUACACAUACAUUGAUCUCACCCACACAUUGUCCUUUAAAUUUGAAUGGGAUAAACUAAUGGCUACUUUUGCUGAUGUUCCCAGCGUGCAACUGUAAUGGCAAGAGUGCAGAGUGCUACUUUGACCCUGAGCUGUACCGUGCCACUGGCCACGGAGGACACUGCCGCAACUGUGCCGACAACACUGACGGGCCCAACUGUGAGCGCUGCCUGGACAACUACUACAGAGACGGAUCUGGCACCCGCUGCCUGCCCUGCAGCUGCAACCCAGUAGGUGAGUGUCUGGGGUCUAUACCAAUAAAUACUUAUGUGCAUCCAAAAUGGCACUCUAUUCCCUACAUAGUGCACUACUUUUGACCAGAGGGUUAUGGGCCCUGAUCAAAAGUUGUGCGCUACAUAGGGAAUAGGGUGCCAUUUGGAACGUAGACUUACUGUUUCUAUUAGGGUUAAAGGAUAAGUACAGUAUGAAGCCAGGCUUUGUUGUGAAGGGACUGCCCUUGGUGCUGUUUUAUGGGAUUCAGCGACGAACCACAAGUCUUAAUUAGGGCUGGGAAUUGCCAGGGACCUCACAAUACGAUACUAUCACGAUACUUAGGUGCUGAUACGAUAUAUAUUGCAAUUCUCACGAUUCUAUAUGUAUUGCGAUUUGAUACUGCAAUUUUAUUGCAAUUUGAUGUUCCAAACAUAUUGCUCCAUAUACUGUAUGUCUGCUGCAGACAGACAAAAGAGAGCGUGAGAAAAUUUGUUUUGAUCAGUCAUGGAAAUAAAAGCGCUGAAAACAUGUUGACUCACUAUUUAAGAAAAAGGGAGAACAAGCUAUAGGAUGAAAAAUACUGCCGUUUUGGCACAGGUUCAGCCGACUAGCACUAGCUACCUAGCAAAAAAAAAAUAUAUAUAUACUUUGAGUCAAAGUAUCUAUAUAAUGUUGUCCAAAAUAAUAUCUUGAUAAGUAACUACUGAUUCCCCCCCCCCCCAAUCACUGGUCUUAAUGUUUCAUUAAAUACUGUUUCAAUUGGGGUAAAAAGAGAACUACAAAUCAAAAAAACAUGUCACAUGCGCCGAAUACAACAGGUGUAGACCUUACUGUGAAAUGCUUACUUACAAGCCCUUAACCAACAAUGCAGUUCAAGAAAUAGUUAAGAAAAUAUUUACUAAUAAACUAAAGUAAAAAAUUAAAUAAAAAGUGACACAAGAAAAUUACAUAACAAUAACGAGGCUAUAUACAGCAUGAAGGUAGGCUUUGUUUUGUAGUGCUGUGGGUUACGGUUUUAUUGGAUUGAGAGACGAACCCCAAGUCUUAAUAGGUUACAGCUGCGGUUGUCGCCAGUAUGUUACGUUUCAUACAUCCUCUGCUCUGUAACCUCAUAUGCUACCUUAUUGUGCAAUGUUUAACCUAAUGAAAACCACUGCAAAACACAUGUGACAUCGAUACCACUUUAGCUGCCAAUACGGGUUAUUAGAACAAGACUGUCCACAUGUGGUGUGAAUUAAACCAUGAUUGCCUGCAUGUGUGUAGCAGUGUGUUGAAAUGAUGAACUGAGGUUGAUCUGUGCUUCUUGCUCUUCCUCUCUACUGCCAGGCUCUCUGGCCACUCAGUGUGACAACACGGGACGCUGCAGCUGUAAACCAGGUGUGAUGGGGGACAAGUGUGACCGCUGCCAACCUGGCUUCCACACCUUGACCGAAGCAGGCUGCAGGUAUAAACCAGCACUAACAAGCCAAUCACUCUUGCCAGCCACUCAGCUACAUGUCAUAUUGAUAUUUUUACUGCUCCAGAUCAAACAAUCUUAACGUUUUAUUAUGGUUCGUUCGGAUGUAUUUAUCGUUUGCGCUUCAUGUGUUUAUUUGGGAGUGAGAUGGAGCCCGUCAAUUUUGGAGUGUAUCCCAAAUGGGACCCUACUCCCAAUAUAGUGCACUACUUUUGACCAGGGCUCUGGUCAAAGGUAGUGCACUAUAGAGGGAAUAGGAUACCAUUUUGGAUGCAGUUUGGAGUUCUGUGCCAGGCCAGCAAUGGUCCUUUUACUUUAAGUCAGGAUAUAAACAGGCUCGCAGCAGGCCUGCUUUAGAUGGUGGCUGUCAGAUCCAUGCUGUUUAUGUGAAUGGCUGUGCUUCCCCUCUCCCCUCCCCCAUCCCUCUGCUCUCCAGACCUUGCUCCUGUAACCCUUCCGGAAGCACACAGGAGUGUGAUGUCCAGACAGGCCGUUGCCAGUGCAAGGACAACGUGGAGGGCUUCAGCUGUGACAGGUCAGCGUCAGACCUACUCGGUCUCUCCGCCACAGGGAUUCAUUACACAGACACACACACACCACAGAGGGACAGUACACACAAAAACAUGAUUUCCUUAUACCGAAAAGACACGGUGUCUUUUCAGUUAGGAAUGUCUUUGUCUGGGAAUAUUUAUGGAUUUAGAGUGAAACAGGGUUGCAAAAGUCACUUAGGCAGUGAAAUACGAGUUGGCUCCAUUCAGCUAGUGCAACACAGUUUGCGGUAUUGUUCAUUGGGGAGGGAAACUGUUUUAAAGCUACUUCGCAUUGCAGCAUUUCAGCUCCUCUUCUGUUAUGACAUCCUUAGGUUAAACUACAGAUGUUUAAAAGCAGCCCCUGACACACAGAAACACAGGAGAGUACCCCUCUCUCAGUGAAAGAAUGCUCUGUAUGUGUGCAAAAUGGAAUUAGACCGGCCACAUGGCUCCCCUAGCAGCGAAGGAGAAAAUAGCCCAUAGAUAGCUCACUCCUCCCCACUGAGACAGACUGGCAGCCAGGCCUUCUAUGGCUUCUCCCAAGCCCAGUCAGUCACCACUGCCUUGUCUGCUGCCUGGAACAGUCUUCCCUCUGCCUUUGUGCAAUGGCCACCACCUAACCCCCUCUCAUCCCUCUACCCCAGAUCUCCCACCCCCAACAACAGCACCUUUCCCCUCCACAACCCCAGCUCCACAGAUGCUGGUGGGUGUAACAUUCCUCCCAGCCACCCAGCUGGGUCACAGAUGGAAUUAAUGAUCCCCCCCAGUGUGGAUGCAUCCCAAAUAGCACCCUAUUCCCUAUAAUGUGGCCUGGUCAAAAGUAAUACACUAUAUAAGGAAUAGGAUGCCAUUUGGGACACAUACAGUUUGUCAGAUGCUGCAUGGUCACUCACAACAAGAGACUGAAAUUACAGACCGGUGUUUGUCUGUCUGCCUUUUAGGCGACAGCAGUUUCACAGUCUAAUAAAUUGUCAUUCUCCCUGGCUGUCAUUCGAUUAAACUGUCAACGCAUUUUAAUCUCUGUUGAAAUGUAUACCCAUAUCAUAUGAGGACGAGAAAGGCGAUAUGGGGCUCAUUAUAGAAUAUAGCCCACGCCUCAAACUGAAUGUCAAUAGUUUCACAUACAGUGCCUUCAGAAAGUAUUCGUACCCCUUGACUUAUUCCACAUUUUGUUGUUACAGCCUGAAUUCAAAAUUGAUGAAAUAUAUUUUUUUUCUCUCACCCAUCUACAGACAAUACCCCAUAAUGACAAAGUGAAAACAUGUUUUGAGACAUUUUGGCAAAUUUAUUGAAAAUGAAAUAGAGAGAAAUCUAAUUUACAUAAGUAUUCACACCCCUGAGUCAAUACAUGUUAUAAUCACCUUUGGUAGCGAUUACACCUGUGAUUAUUUCUGGGUAAGUCUCGGAGAGCAUUGCACACCUGGAUUGUACAAUAUUUGCAUUUAAAAACAUGUUUUAUUCUUCAAGCUCUGUCAAGUUGGUUGUUGAUCAUUGCUAGACAGCUAUUUUCAAGUCUUGCCAUAGAUUUUCAAGUAGAUUUAAGUCAAAACUGUAAUUCGGCCACUCAGGAACAUUCAAUGUCUUGGUGAGCAACUCCAGUGUAUAUUUGGCCUUGUGUUUUAGGUUAUUGUCCUGCUGAAAGGUGAAUUCAUCUCCCUAUGUCUGGUGGAAAGCAGACUGAACCAGGUUUUACUCUAGGAUUUUGCCUGUGCUUAGCUCCAUUCCGUUUCUUUUUUAUCCUGAAAAACUCGCUAGUCCUUAACGAUUACAAGAAUACCCAUAACAUAAUUGAGCCACCACUAUGCUUGAAAAUAUGGAUAGUGGUACUCAGUAAUGUGUUGUAUUGGAUUUGCCCCAAACAUAACACUUUGUAUUCAGGACAAAAAGUUAAUUGCUUUGCCACAUUCUUUGCAGUGUUACUUUAGUGCCUUGUUGCAAACAGGAUGCAUGUUUUGGAAUAUUUUAUUAUGUACAGGCAUCCUUCUUUUCACUCUGUCAAUUAGGUUAGUAUUGUCGAGUAACUGCAAUGUUGUUGUUGAUCCAUCCUCAGUUUUUUCCUAUCACAGCCAUUCAACUCUUAACUGUUUUAAAGUCACCAUUGGCCUCAUGGUGAAAUCCCUGAGCGGUUUCCUUUCUCUCCGGCAACUGAGUUAUGAAGGACGCGUGUAUCUUUGUAGGGACUGGGUUUAUUAAUACACCAUCCAAAGUGUAAUUGAUAACGUCACCAUGCUCAGAUAUUAAUUUGUAGUUUUACCCAUCUACCAAUAGGUGCCCUUCUUUGCAAGGUAUUGGAAAACCUCCCUGGUCUUUGUGGUUGAAUCUGUGUUUGAAAUUCACUGCUCGACUGAGGGACCAUACAGAUAAUUGUAUGUGUGGUGUACAGAGACGAGGUAGUCAUUCAGAAAUCAUGUUAAAAACAAUUAUUGCACACAGUCCAUGGAACUUAUUAUGUGGCUUGUUAAGCAAACGUUUACUCCUGAACUUAUUUAGGCUUGCCAUAAAGGGGUUGAAUACUUAUUGACUCGAGACAGUUCAGCUUUUCAUUUGUAAUUAAUUAGUAAACAUUUCGAAAAACACAAUUCCACUUUGACAUUAUGGCCAGUGACACAGAAUCUCAAUUUAAUCCAUUUUAAAUUCAGGCAGUAACACAACAAAAUGUGGAAAAGGUCAACGGGUGUUUUACCUCCGUUUUAUACAGUUAACUUUUUAUGAAAUCAAUUAACUAUAUGUUGACUAUCUACAGUAUUUGCAGAUUUAGACUUACCCAUUGCUCAUAUCCAUUUUUAUGGAAGUUGCUAUUAAAAGGCAAAUGUGGUUUAUUUUAGGUGUAAGCUGGGCUACUUCAACAUGGACCCCCAGAACCCUCAGGGUUGCACUCCAUGCUUCUGCUUCCAGCACUCCUCUGUCUGUGACAGCGCUGAAGGCUACAGCAUCGACACCGUCUCCUCCACCUUCGACAGAGGUGAGCCCAUUUUCACCUUUUCAUUAUGGGCUGUUCUGGCUCGGACAAGGCUUUGAUUUUAUUAAGCUGGAGUAAGUUUCUAGAAAUAUUCAGAAAGUAUGCAAAUAUCACUUAAGUUUUGGUACAUUCGGAGAGGUUGUUGUGAUGUAAAGAUAUGACUUGAUAGAAUUGAAUGUAACAAACAUGAAACCUGUUCCUAGAUGAUGAGCAGUGGACAGGCCAGCAGCGUGACGGCUCCAGUGUUUCAGUCCAGUGGUCCGCUGGUGGAGAGGAGAUCUCCCUCAUCUCCGAAGACUACUUCCCCAUGUACUUUGUGGCUCCAGGUACUGUGUGACUGACACUAACUCAAAUACUUUUAUUGUGAAAGAGGCUUUCUUUUUCUUCUACUAUUUGAAUAAUUCAUUGGAGUGAGCCUAUGGGGAAACUGUGAUUGCCCCAAAGACCAAUGGGAGAUGGUGUCUUAUCUAAAUUGUGGUGACUUUGUUGAAGUGAUUUUAUCAAGUAUUUUCUUAUCUCAUUACUGUAGAGAGGUUCCUGGGCAAUCAGCUGCUGAGCUACGGCCAGAACCUCACCCUGAACUUCCGGGUGGACAGGAGAGACACGCGCCUCUCAGCUGAGGAUGUGGUUCUGGAGGGGGCUGGCCUCAGAGUGGCUGUGCCUCUCAUUGCUCAGGGAAAUGCUUAUCCUGGAGAGAACAUGCAGACAUUUGUAUUCAGGUGGGUGGAAAUCAUACAACCAUAACCCAGAGAUGUGUAUAGAAUACCAGCACAACAAAAGUUAAUCAUUUGAAGUAUGAAAGGUGACUUUUUACAGCAUAUUCUGUGGUAAUAACAUAAUGUAGAAAUUGUCACAUAGAAAGCAAACGCAUAAAAAAAGUUGUCUUAUGUUAUCUGAUGUUGUGAAUGCCCCACUAACUGUGUUCUGUUUUUUUUCUGUCAGGCUCCACGACAGCACAGACUACCCCUGGAGGCCCACCCUCACUCACUCAGAGUUCCAGAAGCUUCUGCACAAUCUGACGUCCAUCAAGAUCCGUGGCACCUAUAGCGAGAGAAGUAUGCACCCACUCUUCCACCUCACCUCAUUUCACUAUGUAAACCAUACAUACAUCCUGGUUCAGGGCCUGUUUUCAUAAAGUAUCUCAGAGUAGGAGUACUGAUCUAUAAUCAUGUUUCCCCGGUCCAUAUAAUCUUAUGUAUUAUGAUCUAAAACACAAAAAAACUGAUCCUAGAUCAGCACUGCUACUUAGAGACGCUUUAUGAAGUAGGCCCAGGACUACAGUAGUAUCUGUAGGAUUGGACCAUGACAAGCAGCAUGUUAGGUAGGUCUAGUGAACUGAUAAGCUUGGAUUUCAUAUCCUUUUAUCAGUUCUGAGGACAUCUCUCAGCUAAUCACGGAGAGGAUUUUGAAACUCCUUUCUAGUCAUAAUAUUAGUGCGCAGGUAAUGGCUGAAUUUUUCUCAUUUCCCCUAAAGACACAACGUGGUGAUGUUUUCCCCUGUUAUUGAAGUCAUCAGAUCCUCUCAGAACAAAUAUCCAGAUAACUCGAAGGGCAAAGACAUAGUAAUAUGCAGUUACCCCACUACUUUAGACAUGACCAGUGAGGCCUAAUCAAUGCAAUAAAAAUGAAAAGCUGGGAGACAAGAAUGUUGGUGGUCGGUCUGUAUCUUUGAUUCCAUGUUCACAACAGUGGGCAAGUCACUUUGGUCACCGUUUCGGCCUAGUGGCCUUUCUCAAGACAAGAUGCAUGAUCUAAUCAAUGCUCAUCGUUCCCCAGGUGCUGGUUACCUUGACGAUGUGAAGCUGAUCACGGCGAGGAGAGGUCCCGGGAGCCCGGCUCGCUGGGUAGAGAAGUGUACCUGCCCUCAGGGCUACGUGGGACAGCACUGUGAGAGGUGCGCCCUGGGAUACAGGAGGAGUAGACCAGACCUGGGGCCCUUCAGUUCCUGUGAUGCUUGCAACUGUAAUGGACACAGUGACAAGUGCAACCCCGACACAGGUCAGUGCAAUGACAAUGACAGUCCCAAAUGGCAGCCUAUUCCCUAUGUAGUGCACUACUUUAGAGCAGGGCCCAUAGGGAAACGACAAAGCCCAGAGGAGUAGGGGUUAGAGACGAGUCCUCAAUCACCACAUGACUGGUUGGGUAAAUGUCCCAGACAGGAGUCAUGCAGUGGACUUGGGCCCUACUGUAUUUUUAUCUGCUAUGGCUAUGGCUAAUUGUGUCUGUGUUUAGAACCGUGGAAUGUUCAACAUUAAAUGUCCUCUUUUAUAGUAGAGUGGAACAGAACAGAGAUUAACAGAUCACACUAACGUCAGCCAGUAAUAACACUCUGCUAUAAAGAGAUGUAUCUGUGUGCCCAAUGGUUUAAAACAUGACUGAUGGGCAGCCUACUCUCUCCUCAUCUACUCUAAAGAUGUGUCUGGAUGGAAAACUCUCAUCUGUCUUAGACUCCCCUCUGCUGGCUGCUAAAGACAUGACGUGUGUGUUUUUGACGUGUCUGUUUGAAGGGAUGUGUGACUGCCGACACAACACAGCUGGGCUCAGUUGUGAGAGGUGUAAAGAUGGAUACUAUGGAGACUCCACUGUGGGGAGUUCCAGCGACUGCAAACCCUGCCCCUGCCCCGGAGGAUCCACUUGUGCUGUUGUGUUCAAGACCAAGGAGGUUGUCUGCACCAACUGUCCUACUGGAACCACAGGUAAUAAUAAAUGAUUUGGUGUACACUUUUUUUAUUAAACAUAUAAAUAAUCUGGGAUUGAGACAGACAAUCGACUUUACAGUUAACCCACUUUGUAGAAACAUAGAACCACGAGUAAUUAGAACUGGUUGGAGUACUCUGUUGAUUUGUUUUGAAUGUCUUUAAAAAUACUUGUUUAAUUACUUACUAUUCAUUCCCAAAAUGUUAGUGUAAACAGUUAAAAACAUAAAUAAUUUUCCAAAGUGUCUUUAUUGUAUGUGCUUAUUUCUCUAUUUAGUUUAGAAGUUGUUGGUAUGGAAGCUUAUAUUCACAUAUAUUCAUAAUCAUGUAAUCCAAACUAUGAAUUGCGUCUUUCCCCAGGCAAGCGCUGCGAGCUGUGUGAUGAUGGUUUCUUCGGAGACCCCCUGGGGGAGAAUGGGCAGGUAAGGGUGUGUCGGGCCUGUAAGUGUACCGACAACAUCGACCCCAACGCUGUGGGCAACUGUGACAGAGAGACCGGGGAGUGCCUCAAGUGUAUCUACAACACAGAUGGCUUCUUCUGCGACCGCUGCAGAGAGGGCUUCUAUGGAAACCCUCUGGCCACCAACCCCAACGACAAGUGCAAACGUAAGACGAGAAAAUGACGACCAGCAUGACCCUCCUGUAUUAAUGGGUGUCUCUUCCCCCUCCUGUAUUAACGGGUGUCUCUUCCCCCUCCUGUAUUAACGGGUGUCUCUUCCCCCUCCUGUAUUAACGGGUGUCUCUUCCCCCUCCUGUAUUAACGGGUGUCUCUUCCCCCUCCUGUAUUAACGGGUGUCUCUUCCCCCUCCUGUAUUAACUGGUGUCUCUUCCCCCUCCUGUAUUAACUGGUGUCUCUUCCCCCUCCUGUAUUAACGGGUGUCUCUUCCCCCUCCUGUAUUAACGGGUGUCUCUUCCCCCACCUGUAUUAACGGGUGUCUCUUCCCCCUCCUGUAUUAACUGGUGUCUCUUCCCCCUCCUGUAUUAACGGGUGUCUCUUCCCCCUCCUGUAUUAACGGGUGUCUCUUUCUCCUCCUGUAUUAACGGGUGUCUCUUCCCCCUCCAGUAUGAACGGGUGUCUCUUCUCCCCUCCUGUAUUAACGGGUGUCUCUUCUCCCCUCCUGUAUUAACGGGUGUCUCUUCCCCCUCCUGUAUUAACGGGUGUCUCUUCCCCCUCCUGUAUUAACGGGUGUCUCUUCCCCCUCCUGUAUUAACGGGUGUCUCUUCCCCCUCCUGUAUUAACGGGUGUCUCUUCACCCACCUGUAUUAACGGGUGUCUCUUCACCCUCCUGUAUUAACGGGUGUCUCUUCUCGCUCCUGUAUUAAUGGGUGUCUCUUCUCGCUCCUGUCCCCAAAUAGACAAAGUGUUCUAUUCCAUUGUAUCCUGUGUACAGUUCAGUUCCAUGUACAAUACAGAGAUCAUGCCGUGAUGCUUGCCGUGUUAGCCAUGGGUUUCUCUUGUCUCUCCUGUCCCCAGCCUGCUCCUGCUCUCCGUAUGGCACAGUGGACAGACAGACCAGCUGUCCACAGGUCACAGGCCAGUGCCAGUGUUUCCCCCACGUCACCAACAGGGACUGCAGCACCUGUGAGCCUGGCUUCUUCAACCUGAAGAGCGGAACAGGCUGUGAAGGGUCAGUAACAGUAACCACUCUGCCAACACCUCAAUAUGGAUAUUUAGUAUAAAUAUUUCUUAGUAGGAAUAGAGGUCUAUGAAGCUUUUACCUGACUGAUUUUCAUCACUGUACCUCAAAUAUCGAUGUUUUCUUAUUGGAAAUAGAGGUCUGUAAUACGAUAUCUGUCGUGUUUCGAUCGCUGGUAUGUUUCUAAGUUGAAAUGUGCCUUGACGUUCUUUGAUAUCAUGACAGAUGCAACUGCAAUCCUACUGGGUCCACCAACGGUCAGUGUGACAUCGGUUCCGGUCAGUGUGAAUGCCAGCCCGGUGUCACCGGUCAGCGCUGUGAACGCUGCGAGGUCAACUUCUUCGGAUUCGGAUCGUCAGGCUGCAAACGUACGCUUUCUCUUUCUUAAGUCUCUCUUUAAUCUCUCUUUAACAUGAUGAAACUCUAAGAAUGCGUCAUAAUGAGCCAUGCAGCUGUGUGACUAUAUCACUUGAGUAGGUUGUGACAUGGUCUAAUGGGAAGAGAAUAUCAUCAUAACCUGAAGACUGUCUUACUGUAUUUAUUGUCAUUAUAGAUUUUCAACCUGCACUCUGAAAUCACACUCAUAUUUCAAGAGCCUCUUUAAUUUUGGCCAGUUUCUCAUUUCUCUCUCUUCUUCCUCUACUCCAGCGUGCGACUGCGACCCAGAGGGCUCCUCGACGGCCCAGUGUAAAGAAGAUGGCCGCUGUGAGUGCCGUCCAGGCUUCGUGGGAGCCAGGUGUGACAUGUGUGAGGAGAAUUACUUCUACAACCGCUCUACUCCUGGCUGCCAGCAGUGUCCGUCCUGUUAUUCCCUCGUCAGAGACAAGGUAAAGACUCUUGGUGUUGUUUUCAUCAGUGGAUUAUUUUUGUCAAUAAAGUUUAGUUCUAGUACACCAUCUCUCUUCCUUCCUUUCCUGUCUCUCCACAGUCUCUGUCCAAUAAACUUGAAAAAUCCCCCAAAAAAUAUUUAAGAAAGUUGAGUGUGCUGUAUAGCUGCAUAGGCAACCACUCUAAACAUUGUGGUAUUACUCUUACAUAGGUGAACCAGCAGAGACAGAAGCUGCAUGACCUGCAGACUUUGAUUGACAACCUGGGCUCCACGUCAGAGACUGUGAGUGACAAGGCGUUUGAGGACCGACUGAAGGAGGCAGAGAAAGCCAUCAUGGACCUACUGGAGGAGGCUCAGACCAGCAAAGGUACAAGCCUUGACCCUUUCGGGGAUUUUAUGAUAUUGAAAUGUAAUGUCUCGCUUGCUUGAAGGAAUGCUGUUCUAUUCAAUAGCUGUUAGAUGAAAUUGAUCAUGUGAAUGUUGUAGGACAUAAUGGAUCAAUCAAACAAACGUUAGGGGAAUUUGAUGGUGUCACUAGGUUGAAGCAAUGCUGUUCUAGUCAACUAGAAUUAGAUCAAAUGAAUCAUGAAUUUGAGUUGUUUUUUUAAGAUAUUGGAAGAUGGGUGUAACAGAGUGAAGGGUUGAGGCAGGGAUUGAACCCCGGUCUCUGGGGCCGUACAUGUACAUAUAUACAUGGGAGUAUUUCCGCUCAGAAUGGGAGUUGUGAAUGCUGCUUUUGUUUUUUCAGAUGUGGACAAAGGCCUGCUGGAGCGCCUGGGGAACCUGAACAACACACUGACCACUCAGUGGAAUCGUCUGCAGAACAUCAGGAACACCGUGGACAACACCGGAACCCAGGCCGACAAGGCCCGCAACCGGGUCCAAGACGCCGAGAACCUGAUCGGCCGCGCCCGCGAGGAACUGGACAAGGCCAAGGAUGCCAUCAGCAAACUGGUGGGUCAUCCCGUAAUUAAUUUAGAAAAAUGUGACGUCAGUAACUAAAGAUGCGUCCCAAAUCGUACCCUAUUCCCUAUAUAGUACACCACUUUUGCUCAUAGGGCCCUGGUCAAAAUUAGUGAAUUAUAUAGGGAAAAGGAUGCCAUUUGGGAUGCACCCUAAGACAUUUGGAGCACUGAUUGCAUGAUCUCACCGCAUGAUCUAAUUUGGAUGUAGUAUAUUUUUACUGUUACUAUUCUUGUUGCAUAAACCCUUAGUCCAUGUUUGUUUCCAACCAUAGCACAAUGAUGAAUGCCUUCUUCCUGCAUGAGAAAAACAACAGGAAGUUAAUUGAUUCCCUACUUUAUUAUUUUUCUCCUCCAGGACAUCAAAGCACCCUCAAUCACUGGAGAUCCUAACAACAUGACCCUUCUGGCAGAGGAGGCUCGCAAUCUGGCCGACAAGUAAGGACUGUAGCUACAAUGAUGAAAUAAUUAUGUUGUUCUCUGACAUGUAUUGCUCCAUACAAUCCACCCUGAGUUCCUGGAUAUGCAAUUCUUCUUAGUGGAAGGGGGGAAAGUGCACACGCCAAAUAAUACAAACAAAUUAUUGCUUUGUAAUUACUUAGGCCUGUACACCCUAUCACUUUUGAUCUUAUUAUUUGAUUAUAUUAUUGCGCUGCAAGAAACCAAAAGACUGCUUUCUGCUUCGUCUAUGAAAAACAAAUCAAAUCCCUCUUUUUCUUCUGCAGACAUAAAAUGGACGCGGAUCAAAUUGAGAAGAUCGCCAAGGAUGCCAACGACACGUCCACCAAGGCUCUCAACCUGCUGAUGAAGACUCUAGAUGGCGAUGGCAAGACCAACCAAGACAUUGAUGAGCUCAACAGGAAGUAUGUCACUGUCUGCAACAGCACCUUUCUGUGAUUCCUGUCUCUCUCUCUCUCCUAAAAUCUACAAUGAAAUCAUACUAACGUUGAUCCUGUCCGGAACAUGUCUCAUAAGCCAGUACAGGUUCAAAUCCCCUCAACAGUUUUAUAAUUGAACUAUCAUGUUCAUCCACUCAGGUACAAUGAGGCAAAGGACCUGGCCAAGAACCUGGAGAAACAGGCCAACAAGGUGCAUGCUGAGGCAGAGGAGGCAGGCGACAAAGCCCUGAAGAUCUACGCUAACCUGACAAGCAUGCCACCUUUCAACACCAAAUCACUGGAGGUCAGUUACAUGAAGUGACCGUAAACCUCUUUUAAGGGGAGACAGUGUCUCCAUCCAAAACGGCACCCUGUUCUCUAUAUAGUGCACUACUGGUCAAAAAUAGAGCACUAGAAAGGGAAUAAGGUGCCAUUUGGGACGAAGACACUAUCAUCAGGAAUCAUUUAAUUUAUUUUAUGUAUUAAACAAACCUUUGAAAUACAGUGGGGGGAAAAAGUAUUUAGUCAGCCACCAAUUGUGCAAGUUCUCCCACUUAAAAAGAUGAGAGAGGCCUGUAAUUUUCAUCAUAGGUACACGUCAACUAUGACAGACAAAUUGAGAAUUUUUUUUCCAGAAAAUCACAUUGUAGGAUUUUUAAUGAAUUUAUUUGCAAAUUAUGGUGGAAAAUAAGUAUUUGGUCACCUACAAACAAGCAAGAUUUCUGGCUCUCACAGACCUGUAACUUCUUCUUUAAGAGGCUCCUCUGUCCUCCACUCGUUACCUGUAUUAAUGGCACCUGUUUGAACUUAUCAGUAUAAAAGACACCUGUCCACAACCUCAAACAGUCACACUGCAAACUCCACUAUGGCCAAGACCAAAGAGCUGUCAAAGGACACCAGAAACAAAAUUGUAGACCUGCACCAGGCUGGGAAGACUGAAUCUGCAAUAGGUAAGCAGCUUGGUUUGAAGAAAUCAACUGUGGGAGCAAUUAUUAGGAAAUGGAAGACAUACAAGACCACUGAUAAUCUCCCUCGAUCUGGGGCUCCACGCAAGAUCUCACCCCGUGGGGUCAAAAUGAUCACAAGAACGGUGAGCAAAAAUCCCAGAACCACACGGGGGGACCUAGUGAAUGACCUGCAGAGAGCUGGGACCAAAGUAACAAAGCCUACCAUCAAAGCCUACCAUCAGUAACACACUCAAAUCCUGCAGUGCCAGACGUGUCCCCCUGCUUAAGCCAGUACAUGUCCAGGCCCGUCUGAAGUUUGCUAGAGUGCAUUUGGAUGAUCCAGAAGAGGAUUGGGAGAAUGUCAUAUGGUCAGAUGAAACCAAAAUAUAACUUUUUGGUAAAAACUCAACUCGUCGUGUUUGGAGGACAAAGAAUGCUGAGUUGCAUCCAAAGAACACCAUACCUACUGUGAAGCAUGGGGGUGGAAACAUCAUGCUUUGGGGCUGUUUUUCUGCAAAGGGACCAGGACGACUGAUCCGUGUAAAGGAAAGAAUGAAUGGGGCCAUGUAUCGUGAGAUUUUGAGUGAAAACCUCCUUCCAUCAGCAAGGGCAUUGAAGAUGAAACGUGGCUGGGUCUUUCAGCAUGACAAUGAUCCCAAACACACCGCCCGGGCAACGAAGGAGUGGCUUCGUAAGAAGCAUUUCAAGGUCCUGGAGUGGCCUAGCCAGUCUCCAGAUCUCAACCCCAUAGAAAAUCUUUGGAGGGAGUUGAAAGUCCGUGUUGCCCAGCGACAGCCCCAAAACAUCACUGCUCUAGAGGAGAUCUGCAUGGAGGAAUGGGCCAAAAUACCAGCAACAGUGUGUGAAAACCUUGUGAAGACUUACAGAAAACGUUUGACCUGUGUCAUUACCAACAAAGGGUAUAUACAAAGUAUUGAGAAACUUUUGUUAUUGACCAAAUACUUAUUUUCCACCAUAAUUUGCAAAUAAAUUCAUUAAAAAUCCUACAAUGUGAUUUUCUGGAUUUUUAUUCUCAUUUUGUCUGUCAUAUUUGAUGUGUACCUAUGAUGAAAAUAACAGGCCUCUCUCAUCUUUUUAAGUGGGAGAACUUGCACAAUUGGUGGCUGACUAAAUACUUUUUUUCCCCACUGUAUGUUCCCAGUCUUGAAUAAGUGACAGGUUACACUUCAGAAUCAUUGAAAGGGUUUGUGUAUCACAAGACAUACAUGUAAAUGUAAAGGGCCAUCAAGACAUUACUGAAGUCGUUUCCAAGUCUUGAAAGAUAACUUAUCUUGACAUCCGAUUACAGGACGAAGCGAGCAAGAUCAAGAAGGAAGCGUCUGACCUGGACAAUCUGAUUGACAAGACAGAGAAGGAGUACAACGACUUGAGGGACGACCUGAAAGGGAAGGAGUCUGAGGUCCGCAAGCUGCUGGAGAAGGGAAAGACUGAGCAGCAGGUAGGACAGGAGACCUUUACUUAGGGUUGCAAAGUUUCGAUAACUUUCCCAAAAUGUCCAGGUUUUCCAGAAAUCCCAGUUGGAGGAUUCCCAGAUGUCCUGCUAAUUCCCUCCUGAUUCCAGCAAUCUUCCAACCAGGAUUUCAGGAAAACCUGGCAAUUUUGAGAAAGUCGCCAGAAUUUCACAACCCUACUUUUAUUUUCUCUUUCUGGUGUCUAUAACCUCUGAAUAGAUCUGUCUCAUGUAGAGCUUGUGAUGGUUUCACCCCCUUUGAAAUAGCUAGGGUGUAUCUCCGUUUAAGAUUAGCGUUAUCAUGCCUCAUUAAACAAGGCAUGAAAUUGAAAAUGACCACAUCGCUUAUGUGACGAAUUACCACAGCAUUGAUUGGCCUCUUCACUUGUUCAGCCACUAAGUAUAGCGAUAAUGAGCAAGUCGUAAAGUCAGAAUUAUUCAAAUUAAUUUAGCUGUUUUGUCUAUUUUUGUUGUAAACUGACUGCGUCCCAAAUGGCACCCUAUUUCCUAUAAACUGCACUACUUUUGACCAGAGCCCUAUGGGGAAUAUGGUGCCAUUUGUUACACAAUGGAACUAAUGACUGUAUCUGUCCCUGAAGACUGCCGAUCAGUUGCUGGCUCGUGCCGAUGCUGCCAAGGCGCUGGCUGAGGAGGCUGCCAAGAAUGGGAGGACCACCUACAAGGAGGCCCAAGACAUUCUGGGAAAUCUGAGAGGUACGUAGGAGCAGGACUGGUGGAGAGGCCAGGGAAAAGUCCCUUUCUGCCUGAUAGUGGAGGUUUUAUUCAGAAUGGUGGGAGUGAAAACCAUAUCAAGACCACUAUGCUUUAAACACAGUACAUUUUGCCUCUCAGAUGGAUGUUAAAGAGAAAAUACCAUUAUUGUAUAAAAUAUGGUUAUAGUAUUGAGAUAUAGUAUAUUUAAUUUAGUUGUUUACUCAACCUUUCUUCUCAUUGUCCUUGGUGCGUCCAACACAGACUUUGACAAGCGGGUGAAUGACAACAAGACGGCAGCUGAGGACGCCAUGAAGAGAAUCCCAGAGAUCAACGCUACCAUCAUCGCGGCCAAUGAGAAGACCAAGCAGGCUCAGGGGGCGCUAGGCAACGCAGCUGCAGACGCCAAGGAGGCCAAGGGCAAGGCGGAGGAGGCAGAAAAGAUAGCCAGCGCUGUGCAGAAGGUACAUGAUAUUACUGGUAUAUUGUUGUAUUAUAGCGAGGUAAUUUAUGACCAUUUAUGCUACAGUCCUGAAAUGACGUGGAUGAAAUCAGUGGUGGCCUCUUGAUAUAAACGUUGUGUCUCAGUAGAUUAAAUGUUUUGAAAAUCAAUUAAUUUUGUGGUAAUCUAAUGUGAUGUUUCACAUAGAAUAAUAAACUCACUUUCAAACUGUCAACAUGCACUAAGCCCCCUCUGUCCCCCUCUCAUCUGAUGUAUCAAAUAAUAAACUAUUCAACCUGUAAGAAGUUAUAUACCUACUUUCAAAUUGUCAACAUGCACUAAUCCCCCUCUGUCUGUUCACCCCACAGGGUUCUGCUAAAACCAAGGCGGAUGCAGAGAAGGCAUUUGAGGACACAAUGAAGCUGGAUGGGGAGGUGAACGGCAUGAUGGACCAGCUGAGUGCAGCCGAGGCAGAGCUGGCCAAGAAGAAAGCUGAGGCCGACCAGGACAUGAUGAUGGCUAGCAUGGUGCGUGUUUGUCUGGUCGCAUCCCAAAUAGCACCUUAUUCCCUGUGUAGUGCACUAAUUUUGACCAGGGCCCAAAGGGCUCUCGUCAAAAGUAGUGCACCAUAUAGGGGAAUAGGGUGCCAUUUGGGAUGCAUAUUCUGUGUCUAGGGCUCUGUUGUUUAAAUCCAAUGAUAUCAUUAGAUUCUCAUAACCUUAGGAACCCAAUACUUAGGAAUUCAUAGAAGAUCUCUUUAGGUUGGAAAUCAGAGAGCUCUGAGAAUGUUUGUGCAUAGAAGCCGUCUACACAGAGCUUGAGUUGCUCAAUGUUUGUAGUUCUUGUCAAAGUUGUUUAGACACAUAAGAAACAGUGAGGCUAAACAUUAAGCAAUAGGAAGUGGAUGAACACUACUGAGGGUUAAGGAAGUCUCACAAGUGUCUACUGAGUUACAACUGUUUAUGUUCGUUGUGGUCUGGAAUUCUGACUCUGACAUGUCAACUAUGUUGUUUUGGUAUUUCAGGCAUCAGACAAUGCGAAGAAAGCGGAGGACAACGCCCGCAAAGCCAAGAGCGCUGUCAGGACCGUUCUCAAUACCAUCAACGACCUACUGAAGUCACUGGGUGAGUGAUAUUUGAUUAAGCAAACUGGUUAUUUCUGUGGAGGUAAGAAUACAAGCAGGGAUAUAAUUAAGUAUUGUGAUUUUAUUUAAUCAUUGUUUCUGGCUUGUGCAUUGUGUGUAACCAAACUAUAUUCCAUCAGUCAGGGCUUUACUUGCACAAGUCAAAAUGACUCUACUGACAGUCUUAUAUCAUUGAGCUAAAGCUUACAGCUCCUCUGUCCCGGUUCAGGCAACAUUGACAAGGUGGACCUGAGCAAGUUGGGCUUGAUUGAGGGGUCGCUGAAGCAGGCCAAGGACAAGAUGGCGAACAGCGACCUGGACCGCAAGCUGGCGGAGCUGAAUGACGUGGCUAAGAGCCAGGAGGAGAUGAUCACCGACUACGACAGGCAGAUCAGGGAGAUCCGGUCCGACAUCGCCAACCUCAACGACAUCAAGAACACGUUACCUGGCGGCUGCUUCAACACCCCAUCCCUAGAGCAACCUUAACCAACUCUCUCUCCACCCCCUGUACCCUCCUUCCUCAUAGCACGUCUGUACCACUCCUUCCCACAUCUAACACUCGGGCAGAAUGCCACCUUUUUACCAAAAUGUUUUUUUUUUUUUGUCUUUUUUUUUAACAAGAGAGAAGCCAAGUUUCAUGGUUUUAAAGAAAGAGCAGAAGCAGCUUUGACAUGCAGUAAUGCAGAAACGUGAAAUGAACUAAGGGCAGUCGACAAAAAAACGUGCAUCCAUUCUCCUUAGGUGCAGCAGGUUAGGAGAGGGGCUAUACCUGGCUCCAGAGUAAUGAAAACCCACAUGCCUGCACCACCUCCAGACUGUUCCUACACUUCUACGUGGAGGACUGGUACACCGUCUUGUUUCAUCACAACCUAAACCACCCCAACAGAGAAAACAAGGACAAAUGUCCUCAGCCUUUUCGGAUGGGUCUAUGUGUCAUAUGAUAUACCUUUGUUUUUAUUUGAUAUGGUAUCAAACAAGUUAUCCUUACCCAUCAUUCUAGACCCAAGGGCAUGCUGGGAAUGGUUUGUCUGUGAGAUAUUUUUUAGCUAUAGGUAUUGUGCAACUUCCAAUACAUAUGUGCCAUCCUUGGUGUUAUCAAUCAUUUUGUUUUAAAAAACAAGCAGUGAAGGAAUUCUCACAAGUUUAUAUCUUUGAUUUGCCUCCAUUCGCUUCCAAAGCUACAUGGAGAAAGUAUUCCUGUUAUUAUUACAAAUGUUUACAGUAUUCAACUCUACUACACAUUCUGCUCCACACCCACAUGAAA